AGUGUCUCCGUCUCUUUAAAGGGGGACUGGGCGGGUCACAUGCCGGCUCCGGUGUCCCCUCCUCCGUGUCUUACCGGAGUCUGAGUGUGUGUGAGCGUGGGUCCAUGCGCGCGCGUGUGUGUUGUUGAUGUUGUAAACCGGCUCCCGGCCUCGCUCCGCGUCCUCUCCGUGUCCCGGUGUGUAUAUAAAGACUCGGAGGAUGUCCGCCCGCUGAGCUCCAGGGACGAGAUGCUGCCGCUCGGACUGAUGCUGCUCCUGCUGCCGGCCGCCGCCGCCGACCUGCCCGGGACGGGCGCUCCGCCGCUCCGGGGGCCGGGGCUCGGCUUCUCUCCACCGGUCCCCGCCUCUCCCUCCGCCCCGCCGCUCCUCCUCCCGCAGCCCGGGGCGGAAUACGGGGCGCCCGGCGUCGCCUUGGCCCGGUCCGCUGCAGAGGAGCCGACCGGCACCGGAAAGGAGGAAGACGCAGGGGAGCAUGAUCAUCAUCACGGCGGCGGGUACCGGGUGGUCCAGUGGGAGUGGAGCUACGUCCAGACCCCGUACAUCAUCGCCAUCUGGCUACUGGUGGCCAGCGUGGCCAAGAUCUUGUUCCACUUCUCCCAGCGCUUCACCACCGUGGUCCCAGAGAGCUGCAUGCUGAUUCUGCUGGGUCUGGUCCUGGGCGGGGUCGUCCUCAUAGCCAAUAAGAAGCAGCUAUACCAGCUAGAGCCCAGCCUCUUCUUCCUCUUCCUGCUGCCGACCAUCGUGGGUGAUGCCGGAUACUUCAUGCCGGCCAGGCUCUUCUUCGACAACCUGGGAGCCAUCCUGACAUACGCUGUGGUGGGAACGCUGUGGAACGCCUUCUGCACUGGGUUCUCCCUGUACGCUGCCAAACUGCUGGGGUUCAUAGAUGAGCACGUGCAGGCCGAAAUGUUGGACUUCCUGCUGUUCGGCGCCUUGAUCUCAGCCGUCGACCCCGUGGCGGUGCUGGCCGUGUUCGAGGAGGUUCACGUCAAUGAAACGCUCUUCAUCAUCGUGUUUGGAGAGUCACUGGUCAACGACGCCGUCACCGUGGUUUUAUAUAAAGUCUACAUUUCCUUUGUGGAAGUGGGAGCAGAGAAUGUGCAGACAGCAGAUUACUUCAAAGGAGUCGCCUCCUUCCUCAUCGUCAGUAUCGGGGGGACUAUGGUGGGUCUGAUCUUUGCCGUCAUCUUGGGCUUCAUCACUCGCUUCACCAAGAAAGUCCGGAUCAUCGAGCCGCUCCUCGUCUUCCUGAUGGUCUACUUGGCCUACCUGACCGCCGAGCUCUUCUCCCUGUCCGCCAUCCUGUCCAUGACCUUUUGUGGCAUCGGGGCCAACAAAUAUGUGGAGGCCAACAUUUCCCAGAAGUCUCGAACCACGGUGAAGUACACCAUGAAGACUCUGGCCAGCAUCGCAGAGACCAUCAUCUUCAUCUUCCUGGGCAUCUCAGCUGUGGACAAGUCAAAGUGGGCCUGGGACACGGGCCUGGUGUCCUGCACCCUCGUCUUCAUCUUAAUUUUCAGAGCUGUCGGUGUGGUUGGUCAGACCUGGGUCCUGAACCGCUUCCGCCUCGUGCCACUGGAGAAGAUUGACCAGGUGGUGAUGUCAUAUGGCGGCCUUCGAGGAGCAGUGGCGUUCGCCCUGGUGGUACUGCUAGACGGCGAGCAAGUCAAAGCCAAGGAUUACUUCGUCGCAACGACGAUCGUGGUCGUCUUCUUCACCGUCAUGUUUCAGGGUCUGACCAUCAAACCGCUGGUGAAGUGGCUCAAAGUUCCUCGUGCCACCAACAGGAAGCCUACCAUCAACGAGGAGAUCCACGAGAGGGCCUUCGACCACAUUCUGACUGCGGUGGAGGACAUCGCAGGACUGCAGGGAUAUCACCACUGGAGAGACAAGUGGGAGCAGUUUGACAAGAACUACCUGAGUAAGCUGCUGCUGAGGAAGUCCGUCUACAGGAAGAGUGAACUGUGGGAGGCUUAUCAGAAGAUCAACAUCAGAGACGCCAUCAGCGUCAUCGACCAGGGUGGGAACGUCCUGACCUCAGCCAGACUGUCUCUGCCCUCGAUGGCCAGCAGAGCCUCGUUCCCCGAAGUCACCAACGUCACAAACUAUCUACGUGAGAACGGCAGCGGUGUGUGUCUGGACCUCCAGGUCAUCGAUAACAUUCCUGGAGCCAAAGUGGAGGAGGACAUGGAGACGCACCAUGUCCUCGCUGGAAACCUGUACAAACCCAGGAGACGGUAUCAGUCCCACUACAGUCGUCACUUCAUGCCGCUGGGGGAGCAGGAGCGCCAGGACCGGGAGGUGUUUCAGAGGAACAUGAGGAGCCGCAUGGAGACCUUCAAAUCCACCCGAUACAAACGCCACAAGAAGGAACGCAGCCUGAAAAAGCGGCGAGGAUCCGAUGUCAAGGAGGACGGCAGCGAUAAACCCAGACGUAACGUCAGCUGGCAGGACAAAGAUCCGGUGGUUGUUCCCGUGGAGACGGAGGACAAAGCUGAACAUUCAGAUCCAGAGAAAGACGAAGACGUCGGGAUCACCUUCAUAGCUCGGAAGGCCGAGACGCCAAAGCAGCGACCCAAAUCGGUGCCAGCAGCUCUGGAAGGGUGUCAAAUUCCGCUACUACCACCACCACCACCUGCACCGCCCUCACCACCACCCGCACCCUCCUCACCAACCAGUGAGGACAGUCAUUUGCCGUGGAAAGGCAGUCUGGGCUCGCCUCCCCCCUGCGUGUCUUUGGAGGCCACAAAGAUCAUCCCAGUGGACCUCCAGCAGGCCUGGAACCAGAGCAUCUCCUCUCUGGAGAGCAUCUCUUCCCCACCGGCCCCUGCUGAGCCCAUCCACCCACGGGUGAGCGCCCUCUCCAGGCUGGGUGGACCCCGCCCAGCUUCCUACACGCCACCCGGCAGCGCAGCGGGCAGCACUUUCUCCAUCGGACCUCAGGUGUCUCAGGGCUCGUUCCUCUUCCCAGACAAGAAGAAGGAGGAGGAGGAAGAAGAAGGACGUGGAAGGGGAGUGGCUGCGGAGAUGCAGCCGCUCAUGUCUUCCCUGAAGCCCCCCGGGCCAUUGCCGCCUCCACCUCCGCCACCUAGCUCCGCCCCUGGCUCUGGGAGGAGGAGGACCCCCUGUGUGUACCUGAGGAGCCUGGUGACAUCGCCCCCUCCUGAGCCUCACAGCAGAGGCCCCACCCAACUGUAACAGCAGAUGCCAGAUCAGUGGAACAUCAGCCACCUGCAGAGCAGGGCUGGACUCCACCAAUCAGCAGCUUCAGGAUACUCACAGACAUCAGGUGAUGUGCUUCCUGUUAGGCCGUCCAAUAGGAAACUAGCUCAUCAUCCAUCCUCCCACAGCUGCACCUCUUAGCAGGUCCGAUCUUCUCUCCUGUAGCCUGAGCUCCAUGUGACCAACCUGCAGAGGUCAGAGGUCACCUGCUGCUUUUGAUCUGCGCGUCACCAGCCGACACAGGUGCAGACAGGUGUUCAGAUUCAGGUGACUGUUAGGCAGGUGAACGGUGUGAUGUUACAGAUUUUAUCAGAUCUCAUGUUCAGACUCAAAGCAGCUGUGUGUUUAUGUGUCUCUCGUGGCUUUCAGCUUCCUGUCUCCGCCUCUUUAGCCUUUUCAUUUUCCUCAAAAAUGCAGAGUUUUGUCUUUUGACCUCAAAGCAGGGUAAAGGGGUCAGACUGAUGGUACUCCAAAGCUCCACGUGGUUGUAGUUUUUGGACAUGAUUGAGUGAAUUAGCUGAGUUCCUGCUGCUGUUUCAUCAGGAUCGUUUCUUCUCAGUCUGCGGCUCUCAGCUCUGAGCCCAGUGCUGAAGCCUUAAAGCUUUCUGAAAAGGUUUGGUAAUUCCUUCAGAAAGCUCUCUGUAGUUUUAUCAGAUAAACAGGAGGACAUAGUGUAUUUAUUUGGAGCUAUUUUUAGUGGCAGGCUAAUCAACAUCUAAGUCCAGAGCCAAGAGAAGUUUCCCUUCAAGGCUUUCUGAUUCAUUUUAAAAGUGGAGAGGCCACAAAACACUAACUAUCUGUUCACCAUCCGGAGGGACUCAAGCCUAGAAUCAACCUGCCAACCCAGUGAUUAUCAGACAAAGCUCUACCGCUAGCACCACAGAUGGAUGUCCUCACAGUGGGCAUAAAACCGAGGCACCUUAAACAUCAGCGUUCUAGUAAAGAUUAAAUAUGCAGCUUCCUGUCAGCUCUUCUCUCUCAUAAACAUGUUUGCCAGCUUUAUUUAUCCUGAUGUCUGAGAGUGGAUGGCAAACAGGGAGAGAGUUAUAAGUAACUUUAAAAGCACGACCAGGCCCGUGAAGUCAAAGUGGCCUUUGUCUUUCUGUCAGAAAGUCCUGCAGACAAACUUCUUUAGUUGAUCCUUUUCACUGUCUGUUUGAGUCUGUACGUGAACCGUCUGAUCUCUGUGUGGCCUCAUGGACAGAAUCAGCUCUCAGUCUCGCUGCUGCUCUGCUGUAGGUCUGCGUAGGAAAAUCUGUGUGUUAUUGAUCAAAUCUGCAAUUUAUGACUACGUAAUCACGUAUCAGCAUAUUCUUGCUGCAGAUGGACAUUAACAAAGUCCAUUUGAUUACAAGUUGGAGGACAAUUUCAUAUUUUAUGUAGUUUAUUACAAAGUGAAGGAGUUAUAAGUGACAUAGUGAGUGCAAUAUAAUCACAGAUUAUGAAUAAAACAAUAAAAAUAAUCCUUGGUCCUUGGUUGUAGCAAAGUGCAUUCAAACCCCUCUCUGCAGCUGCUGACUUGGGCCUGAUUUUACCUGUUUAAUGUUGAUUUGUUACUAAUCAAAUACCUUCACAAAUUCAGAGGUUUUUUUUCCCUUUAAAUGUCCUUUAAUCAGUUGCUGGUUGAGGCAAAUUUUCUGGUGCAGAUUGUAAAACCCAACUGCAGACAGCAGCAGGGGGCGCUGCUGCACAGAGGGGAUGCUAGUGUUAAGGCCUCCACCUGCUGCCACCCUUUAACCUGAGCUGAUAGAAGCUUUUCUGACAGAGUUCUUUGCUUUGCUUCGAAUCUGAAUGUGUGUAUUUAUUCUGUCAAAGCUGCUCGUAAACCGUAAAAAUCUGAAAAUGUAUUUUGUAAAACUGCAGACAUAUAAAAUCUACAGAAUAGUUUAUUUUAAAUGACCAAAGUGUGUAAUAACAAGCAUAAUGAACAUAUCUAUGGCGUGCGUCCGUCUGUAACUGCCUUACUCUGUCGUGUCUGUGUUCAGCUGUGUGUUGAUUCAGUGUUCAUGUCUUACUGCAUGUGUUUCUCUGUG